CAUAACUUAUUGAUAAUGAGUAACAAUUUAUUCAAUAAACUCCAAACAAGUCUUAAAAACUCUAGUGGAAUUAAAAUUAGCCCUAAAAUGGCUAUCAUACUCUCUCUCUUCUUAAAUUUACUACUCCAUACAUUUGCGAUUGCCGGUAAAGAAAACACCAACCGCCGUACCACCAUCGUUUUUUCAACCUUAGAAAGAUCAGGCUACGCCUUUGAUAUCUACACCCUCCCCGUCAAACCGCUCCUUCCCACCGUCGCCGUCUCCGACGAGUUCAAACUUACCGACGGUAACUCCGUCAACUUCAACGGCCAUUUCCCAUCAACCACUUCAUCCUCCCUCUUCCCUAAUCAUACCAUAAACCUCAUGUACGUGACAGAAAGAAACGGGUCGUCGGCUAUCUAUUUAGAUUCUGUUUUCUCCGGCGCCGGCGCCGGUUCCGAUAGAAGAAGAUCGGCCUUGCAGAUCCCUAACCGGGUUCAGAUUCCUGUGGUGGGUAUUCAUGAAUCCGGUGGUCGAGUUUCCCUUAAGGAUAGGCCUAAUUUAGUUGGGGAAUACUUGGUUUACGUUUCGACUCAUGAGAACUCGGGGGUGGCUCGGGCGAGUUGGACCGCUGUGUACUCGACUCACAUCAGAACUAAGUCAACCAGGAGAUUGACUCCGGUCGGGGUGGCCGAUUUCAGUCCGGCGGUUUCUCCGUCGGGGAUUUGGACUGCGGUCGCUUCUUCCGGGGAGAGAGUUUGGGGAGGAGAAAUACACGAGUUGAAAACCGAUAUUUAUGUUUUCAAGACUCGUGAUGGAUCCGAACGAGUCAAGAUAGUUGAGCAUGGCGGUUGGCCGUGUUGGGUUGAUGAAUUCACUCUCUAUUUUCACCGGGAAAGCGAUGACGGGUGGUGGAGCGUUUACACGGCGAGUUUACCUGAAAACGGGCGGUUUGGAGUUGACUCGGUGCGAACUCGGCGGGUUACACCUCCGGGUCUCCAUGCUUUCACACCCGCGGCAUCGAUAACCGAUAAGAGUUUCAUUGCGGUAGCAACCAGACGGGUCGAUUCGGAUUAUCGACAUAUAGAGCUUUUCAACUUGGAGACAAAUGAAUUCUUGGAAUUGACCCGACCCGUUUCGCCACGGAAGCAUCACUAUAACCCGUUUAUAUCUCCCGAUUCAACUCGGGUCGGGUACCAUAAAUGUCGCGGUGGAGGCAAACGAUUGAUAUUGGAAAAUAUUCUAAGCCCGUUACCCGAAAUCUCCCUCUUUAGACUUGAUGGUUACUUUCCAUCGUUCUCCCCGAAUGGGGACAAGAUUGCGUACAUAAAAUUACCCGGUUUGUAUGUAGUGAACACUGACGGGUCGGGUUUGCGCCUGAUAUCAUCCAGAAACACCUUCUCCACGGCUUGGCAUCCGAAAAUCGACGGUCUUGUCUACACAAGUGUUGGACCGACAUUCAAGUCAGAGGAUACUAAAGUAGACAUAGUUUCAAUCAACAUCAACGAUCCCGAUUUGAAGAUGAAAUUCUUGACCCGAGGUGGGGAAAACAAUGCGUUUCCUGCGGUUUCACCCGACGGGAAAUGGGUGGUUUUCCGUUCGGGUCGAUCGGGCAAAAAGAACUUGUACAUAAUGGACUCCAUAGAUGGGGAAUCCGGUGGGAUUCAUAGGCUAACGGAGGGUCCAUGGAGUGACACUAUGUGUAAUUGGUCUCCGGAUGGAGAAUGGAUUGCGUUUGCAUCGGAUAGGGAAAACCCGGGUUCUGGGAGCUUCGAGUUGUUUCUGGUUCAUCCGAAUGGGACCGGGCUUCGGAAGCUGGUUCAGAGUGGGGUUGGAGGUCGAACCAAUCACCCGUGGUUUAGUCCUGAUGGAAAGAGGAUUGUAUUCACUUCGGAUUAUUCGGGUGUCUCGGCCGAACCAAUAGCUAAUCCUAACCAGUUCCAACCUUAUGGUGAUAUUUUUAGUAUAGGGCUAGAUGGUUAUGGGCUUGAGAGGCUAACUCAUAACUCUUAUGAAGAUGGUACACCUACAUGGGGUCCCAUUUUCAUGAAACCGGUCGAUGUUGAACCACAUGAUGACGGGUCAAGAUGCUUGUUUGAUGAUAGUCAUUGGCUCACAAAUACUAUCACAACUAAGAGGAUUCAAUGUAGUUAAAUGAAAAAAUGUACCAUUUGUAUGACUAUGUUUAACUAACUUUUAUAGUAAUAUACUUUAUAUAUAUUGCUCCAA